AUGAAAUCCAUCGAACGUGCGAGCCAGUCCGACUCCCCCGGUCCCGAGAAAACUACUUCCGCUAAAGCAUCGACGGGAGCUAUCACUUCUACUACGGCCCCCGUAACUAUGUCAGAACGAUCCACGAAACUUGCGCCACCAAAUGCCACAAGCAUGCCGGAACCCAGUUUCGAUUCCAGGUCUAACACCCCCGUUGCCAGCUACAUGCCGACUGGCACCCAGGACAGCCCUCUGCCAAUGGGCAAGUAUUAUCCUUCCAACUAUGUGAAGAGAAAAGAAGAAAAGCAAAGCCGACAGACUCGUCCACCAACGUCGACCCCGUUGCCUCCGAUGGGAUCCAAGUCGGAAUCGCUUGUACCUACCACUAGAGACUCUUCUGCGUUGGGACAUUCACGGAAUGAGUCCGAUGCGAAACGUAGAUUACAGCAAUACCAACGCGAUAUGAUUGCUCAAGCGACGCUGGCUCUUAAUGGUGGAAAUGUCAACGCAGCAACGCUAAGUUCGUUAAGGACGAUUGGGUUUACAACCAUGCCCGGGCCGGGUAAGCCAAGACUGGUACCUUUGGGAUCUCCUGGACCCGUGACACCUAUGGAACUCGAAAAUGCUCAAGAUGGUUACUUGGGAGCACGGGGCGCUGCGGAUAUCCAAGUAGAAGAGAUCGCACGGGCUAUAAGGGCCGAGGAGGAACGCAAACGACGUGAGGGUACGACAUCACCCACCGUUGAGCUGGGACCCAGCACAUUCUGA